AUGGAAACCGGUCAGGCGAACGACUUUGACUUUGGAUGCUCCGAUAAGGCAACAGGCAACCGCGCCCAGACCUGCAUCACCGGAGCCUGCUUGACCGUCCCGAUUUGGGUGGCACUGUCGGUCAAGGAGGGCAUGUCACGACAUUAUGCGACGACACCCGUUCACCAACCAUUUACGCCGAUAAGGCAGGUCAAACAUAAAUAUGACCAACUUGGUAUCCCGCGGCGGGGGCUCUGGCAGCUCCAAUCAGGUCUUUUCGCUGUCUGCAGCCGCCCGGUUGCCUACAAAUGUUCCCCGCUUCGUGGCCCAUCCGCAUCUGAUAAGGCAGGCCACUUUGAGCCUCCCUUCGGAACCGGCAUAAACGCUCAUCCUGACAUCCACCACGGCUGUAUUUGGACGAAGCAACCUCCGCAGUUCAUGAAGAUCGAGAGCACAUUUCAAACGAUCGUCACGCACCGUUUGGAGGCACGAUGUGUGUUCGACAACCUUGCCAAAGACGAGGAUGAAGAUGGUAAGGCCUACAAAGCGUACGCUCACCAUCUGGCACGAGCAUGCUGGUACGGAAGCCGUAUCAUGCUUCGGCAGACAUCUCCCGAAGCGGAGGGCAUUCUUGACUUCAUCCUGGAGUUGCACAAAGCAUGCAAUGGGCAAUGGGACGAGUUUCGAACUCGUGGGCUAGAUCAAGAACACCUCGAUUGCUGGCUAGAAUAUGCUGCGACGUUUCUUUCCAGUGUUGGAAACUAUUUUGAGAGUGGGGAUCGCAAAGGCAUUCCUAAUGUCCCACCCGAUGCCCUGCGAAAUAUGGCGAUGAUAUCACCUGAUGCCGCCAGAAAGCUUGAAGAGAUCAUCGGGCCGAUGUUGAACCCUCAACCGGCAUCUUUGGGAUAUCCAAGUGACAGAAGUCAGUCAAGCUACUAUCCAGGAAAACGCAUCACAAAAGUCGAGUGCCAGGCCAUUUCCACUCUGAUGGAAAAGCACAAGCUUGCGCCGGAGAAUACGCGCCUUCACAAAAUUGAACACGGUGAGACAGAUGCUGAGAACUUUGACAUCUAUGAAAUUCUUCAAGCAUCUGCAGAAACCGACCCCGAACCGCGAUUAGUGGACGUCAUCGACAUUGAUGAGCGUCGGGCGAAGAUCUUCCUUCGACGAGGUGACCAUGUCGUUGAAAUGACGAAAAUAUGCGAUGAGCUCAGCCAAGCGCGCCUAAUCGCAUCUACUCAAGAGCAGAAGACUGCGAUAUCCCAGCUGAUAGACAGCUUUCGUACCGGGAAUUAUGAAUCCUUCCGAGAUGCUCAUAAGACCUGGGUCAAGGAUAGAGCUCCCAUAGUUGAACACUGCAUGGGUUUUCUGUUCGGCUAUCGCGAUCCCUACGGCGCAAGAGCUGAGUGGCAAGCAGCGGUAGGCAUUGCGGAUCGUGAGGAGACGAACAAGAUGAGCCGGCUCGUAGCAAGGUCUACGGAACUCAUCCGCACUCUUCCUUGGGCAGUUCCUGGUGUGAACGAUGGGAAAGGGCCAUUCGAGCCGAGCGAGUUGGAUGUUCCAGACUUUGCAAUCAUCCAUGUGAUUGCCAAUGUGUCCAGCACCGUCUGGGAAGCUACUAACAUUACCAUUGAUGACGAGGAUGGAAAACGCCACGGCGUCAAGAAUAUGGUCUAUGGUAAUCGAAUGCAGCUGAACAGCAGCCCGGGACGGCCGUGCUAUUAUGUCCACCCCUCAGAAGCCGACGCUUAUAUGGCAUGCGCUCAUACAGUAAGAUUUGUUGGAACCGCCAUUCACGAACUUAUUGGUCAUGGUACUGGGAAGCUGCUCUCAGAGACUGCUCCUGGCAAGUACAAUUUUGACUAUGAAAACCCCCCAGUCAGCCCUGUUACAGGUCAGCCCGUCCAAACUUGGUACAAACCAGGAGAAUCCUGGAACAGUGUCUUUGGAAAGCUCGCUCCAACAGUAGAGGAAUGCAGGGCUUUUCUUGUAUCUUCCUAUCUCGCGGAUAACAAGGAAAUUCUGGCCUUGUUUGGUUACGACGAGCAUAGCACACUGACUGCAGAUGAUUUCGUCUACUACUCAUACCUUCAUUUUGGUGUACAGGGCCUCUCUGCAUUAAGUAGCUUCGAUGCCGAGGACAAAGUUUGGGGUGGUGAUCAUGACCGCGCUCAAUUCACUAUUCUGAAACAUCUUCUUCAAGACGGCGGUGGCGUCUUACGUGUGGAACAUGAUCAAGAGGCUGGAACGCUCCACGUGCGCGUUGAUCGUUCCAAGAUCCUGUCUCAUGGGAAACCAUCUAUUGGACGCAUGUUGAACAAGAUUCAUAUCUGGCAUUCCACAGCUGAUGUCAAGGCAUGCCGACCAUUUUACGAGAGCCUCAGCGUCGUUGAUGGUGAAUACGAGGUCUGGAGAUCCAUCGUUGCCUCAAAGCCUGAGCCGAAAUGGAAGUUUGUGCAGCCAAACACGUUUCUGAGCGCGGACGGCAAGGUCGAGUUGGUCGAGUACGAGGCUACUAAUGUUGAGGUCGAGAUUAUGCCGUUCGACCCUCUGGGUAAAUUUUUCACUUUGCUUGACCCGGUACUUUUUCCUUUUGCGUUCAUCGUCCACCGCUUUAUUGGCAACAUUCCUGAAUUGUUACGCGGCGGGAAGAGGGCUCGCCAGCUUUCACCGACUGUGUCUAUCCAAGUCAUCCGAUGA